UUCACAAAUUCUUAAGCCGUCAGUGGUCAAUGUUUGCCGAAUAGCGUUAUAUCUACCUACGUCGCAAUAAACAGUURUUUUAUUAAAAUAUAAGUGUACCUACCGAUAAUAACUUAUAAAUAUUUUUCAAAAAUCAACGUUCAAUACCUACUCAAACAUUUAUUGCUCAUUUGUAGGAUCUUCUGAGUCGAUCUACAGAAAAAUGAGUGUACUACGAUUUUCAAUCAUUUUUGCAGUAUCAUUAACUUGCAUAUGUGCCCAAAAGCCAUUUUAUGCAUCAAGCAGUAAUCAGUAUCCAAGCGUCUUACCCCAAAAUCUACCAAAUAAUUCGGAUGUAGGGAACAGGAUCGGUGAAAACUCCACUCCUGAUCCGUUCGUGGGUUCAGAAAAGUUGCCAAUAUACAACGUGGAAAAAGAACUUGUUGAUAGAAUAACAAGCCAAUAUCCCAGAGACAAGCAACCGUUUUGGUAUGUGAAUGCCGCACAGCUGAACAGCAUUAGGUACCAACAGCAACCCGUCGUACAACCGGCGGAACAACCGGCGGUACAACCAGCGGUACAGCCAACUGUACAAGCGGUGGUGCAACCAGCGGUACAACCAGCGGUACAACCAGCGGUACAACCAGCGGUACAACCAGCAGUACAACCAGCGGUACAACCAGCGGUACAACGGGCUGGGCAACCGGUGGCACAGCGAGUGGCACGACCAGCUGUACAACCGAUCAACGACUUCGCACCGAAUAGGCGUCAACAAGUGACCRUUCAACAUCAGCAGCGCAAUUUUUAAUCAGGAAAUGCGUUCUGAGAUCAUUUAACAUAUAUUCACAUAUUAUUAUCAUAAAUCUUAUAACGUCUCUAAAUAUUAGAAACUGAUUCUGGUAGUCGUAAAAUAUAAUAAUAAUAAUAAUAAUAAUAAUAAUAUUAUAUUAUAUUGUCAAAAGAGUGUACAACUUACCUAAACAGAAAGGUAUAUAGGUGAUAAAGAUUCAUUUAUAAUUUAAUAUAAUGAAUAACGAUUAAUGAACUACAAAAAAUGAUUUCGCUAUUCGAUUCUAGUGUGAUUUAAAAUAUUUAAGACUAUCCAAAUAUACCGUUUUAUUGAUCAUUUUUAACUAACUGGAUAUGUCAACUAACAUAAUAAUUAGGAAAAUAUUUAAAAAAAAAUGAUUUGUUGUUAACUAUUUCAAAUAUAAGUAUACUAUGGAACUUAUGAAUUACAAUUUUUGUUUUCUAAUUGAAAUUUUCAAAUUAACGAAUGUUUMUUUCUUGGAGAAAAAAGUAGUUAUUAACUAAAAAUGCAAUUCAUAUUUAAAAAAAAUUGUAACUUGGAUCAGUUAUAAUAUAGUAAUAUACUAUAGAAUAAGACGUACUAAUUUCCAAU